CGAUGUAUGGCACCGACCACGACGGGAGCAGAGUGACUGGCAGCUACUGCACAUCGCGUCUCGCCGAUUUCGUUUUGGAUCCCGACGUGGCCAGCAUUCGUUCCUUUCUGGCCGAGCUGCAUCACGAAACCUCCGUUACUAGAUGGUGCUGCCCCCUGGAUGACGCACAAAAAUUUAUGCUGAGAAGCGAAGUAUUUCAUGACGAGCCAGCUGCCGUGCUGUCGUAUUACGAGAUAUAUGACAAACUAAAGGAACGGUUGCCCACGAUCUGGGAUAGCGGGGAACUCAAGGCCGAUGAAUGGUUCUCCAUUUUUGGUCAGAACUGCCCUGUUAGACAGGCGAAUUUUCUUCGAGAUUCUGGCAUAGCUGGCGCCAUCGCGUGGGCACUUGACACAACUGACGUUAGCGAUGUCUAUAGUAACAUUGUGUGUCCGCCCUGGCAGGCAAUAACGCGUGCUUCUAGUACUAUCGGCGGGAGAUUUGUUGAGGUUGACUACAGCGAUGGUGAUGUUUACCCUCAGCCGUGGUCAUCAAAGGUUCUCAACAUCGCUACGGGUUACGGGACGAAUAACGGACUUGCGAUUCCUUAUUCAUGUAGCGUCGCUAACAACACGCCUCAUGCUCAACAACAGUGUGCCUUGAACGCAAAGUCCAAGCGUGUCCCGUGGGGUACUCAAGUCACGCGCAUUAAACCGGUUAAAUCCGACGAAAUUUCGUCAUCACCAGACAAUUCUACCGACCCGACAUCGACUGAUUGUCAGGUAAAGGUCAGCGGCGCAAAUAGCUCGACCACUCUCGCCGCACCCACUGCGCGCAAACCUGCGAAGACCGGACAAAAACCCAAAGCGAAAUCGGUGAAGAUGGUGGACAAAUCUACGCAGACGUCGUCCUUCCAGCUGUACGUGAGAAGGUCGUCUUCGCGGACUCCGUCUCCGGUUCCCGCCGCGCUGAGACUGAGGGAAGCCGAGAUGCGGAGGCGGCAGGGUGCGCGCGCAUCGUCUGACGUCAUCGUUAGGUCUCCGCCUGCCAUGGCAACCAAAGACCUGCUCGCGCUCGAGGAGGACACAACGAAAGCAAUCUUCUCGGACCUGGUGAACGAGAUGUUCCCGGCCGUAGAUUGUCGAGACGAGAGCACGAACCUGUUCAGGUCGCUGAAUUCACGGCAGCAGCAGCGCUGCAUCGUGAUGGUUGUGACUCUACUCGUGAUUUUCUUCUCGAUCGUUGUCUGACUGCCGUGAGCUCGAGACACGCGAUUCCGAGCACUUACGGUCGCUUCACUUCCAGGAUAUAUAUAUAUAUGUAUAUGUAUAUAUAUAUAUAUAUAGUCAUGUGAUCGAACGAGCAUUAUUACGCGUGCACAACGUCACCAUGUGAAGUGAACACCGUGUUUGCAUAGCUAAUUAUGCAAAUCUAACGGUGUACGCCGUGGUGAAGCUCAAACUCAGGAUUAUUAGAUAAAUAGUCAUUAUCCACUACCGUGUAGUUGUAGCAACGUAGAUUCUAAAUACUAUCAUUAUAUAUCCCAUCCGCCAAAACAAUACCCACUGUGAUAAUGAGUUUGUGUGCGAAUAUUACGUAGUGUAGAACCACGGUUAUAGAGUUGAGUAAUAACAGCUUACAAUUUUUGAUUACCCUGAUGUUAUGACAUGAAUUUUUACUAGUUUGGCACAGACCUAGCAUUUGUUAGCAUCGCGUCGUGUAAUAGAUUAUCGCGUGUGUGUAUGUGUAUGUGUGUGCGUGCGUGUGCGCGCGUGUGAGUGUGUGGUGU